AUGGACAGGAGAAUGAACUUGAGCGCCCCGGGAGACAUUUUCCACAAAACUCUGAGCGCUGUCACCAACAAGAAGAUGGACCCUUUCCGUGUCGGCUCGACAGGUAUCGAUCUGCCUUCGAGGGACCGCCAGUCGCCGAUCAGCUGUUUCGAUCAGUCUGACACGGACCCCAUCAUGCAGCACGACGGACUGACAGGAGGGCGCGGGGCCACGCACCACGGUCUUGCCGCAUCUUUGUGCGUCAAAUUCGGCGACAGAGACCGAGACAGCGCCAAUAACCGGACUGCCGAGAGCAGCGGAGGGGAACAGAGUCCCGACGACGACAGCGAUGACAGGUGCGACAACGACUUGAUGUUGAUGAUGGGUGACGGUCGGACCGCGGUGCCUGGUGGUAAAGACGGCGGAGGUAAGAAAAACAAAGAGCAGAAAGUCCUGCGACUUAACAUCAACGCGCGGGAGAGACGGAGGAUGCACGACCUGAACGACGCGCUCGACGAACUGCGCGCGGUGAUCCCUUACGCGCACAGCCCCUCCGUGCGCAAACUCUCCAAAAUCGCCACUUUGCUGCUCGCCAAAAAUUACAUCCUCAUGCAGGCUCAGGCACUGGAGGAGAUGAGACGGCUCGUGGCUUAUCUUAACCAGGGCCAGGCCAUCUCGGCAGCCUCCAUACCGGCCACCACUUCCCUCGCUGCGGGCUUAAGCGCAUAUGAGCAGCCGCCUGGCUACCCCCCGUUCCCCACUGGACUGGCAGCCUCGUCAUGUCCAGACAAAUGUGCCCUUUUCAACAACGUGACCUCCAGCCUCUGUAAACAUUGCACUGACAAGCCUUAG